AUGACACGCUGGAUUCUCGGAGACAAGUUCGACACUGUCUACCCUCACCAGGGGUCGAUCAAGGCCCUGUGGGAGAAAAAGUGGAAAUUCCCUUGCACCAAAUCCAUCUACCCAUUCCAUGAUGGAUCCCUGGAAGAUUUCGAGCCCAUCUUCGAGAAGCUCAUCGCCGCGCACAUCAACGAUGCCGACACCGAUGCCUACACAGAAGCCUUCCUCCCAACCGCAACAGCCCUAGAAAACCAAGGCGACGAAGCCCUAAACAACGGCCAACGCGAGCACGCCGCAGAUCUCUACCGUCGAGCCGCCGUCGUCCUCCGCAUCUCCCGAUUCCCCUACGUGAGCCCAGCAACCCGCCCAGAGACAUCCAUCAAGCGCGUCGCCUUCGAUCGCCAGAAGAAAGUGUACCUGAAGGCAGCAUCCCUAUGGAACCCAAUCAUCACCGAAGAAGUGAUCCCCCACACGCACCGCGCCGGUCGUGAUGGGCCCACGAUCCCACUGUACGUGCGAAUUCCCGAGGAGGCACGCGGAGGCAACCGCGUUCCCGUCGUGCUCCUCAUGACCGGACUAGAUGGCUAUAGACCCGACAACAGCCAGCGCAGCCACGAGAUCAUCAACCGCGGCUGGGCGACGGUUAUUGUGGAGAUUCCCGGUACGGCGGAUUCGCCUGCGGAUCCAGCGGACCCUGAGUCGCCCGAUAGGCUGUGGUCGAGCGUGCUCGAUUACAUGGCUAGUCGGCCGGAGUUUGAUAUGUCGCGGGUUGCGGCUUGGGGGCUGAGUGCGGGUGGCUUCUAUGCUAUUCGGGCGUCUGUCGUGCACCGCGAGCGGCUUCUUGGGGCUGUUGCUCAUGGGCCUGGAUCGCACUAUGUGUUUGAUCCGGAGUGGUUGUCGAAGGCUAAUGAUCAUGAGUAUCCAUUUGAGCUUACUUCUGCUAUGGCGGAGAAGUAUGGCUACGACAAUGUGGAGGAGUUUGUGAAGAACGCCCAGAAGAAGUUCUCGCUCGUGGAGACUGGUAUUGCAGGCCGGGAUAACUGUCGCCUACUGCUUCUCAACGGCGUGGAUGAUGGUGUUGUCCCGAUCGAAGACUGCAUGGUGCUUAUGAACCAUGGAGGUCCUAAGGAGGCCCGCUUCUUCGAGAACAGGGUGCACAUGGGAUACCCUGACAGUCUGCCUGUGGCUUACAAGUGGUUGGAGAGUGUGCUGUCUCCCGAUAUGAAGAAGGUGAAGAACUGA